AUGCCCGCAACGAUUUUUAGCAGCACCAUGAAUUUCCAUAAGACACUGCUUCACUAUCGGAUUCCUCAUCGAGCCCUUACGACGUUGUACCAAACACGGAUAUUGACUCCUACCAUGCCUACAGCAAAGUUUAUCAACGACAACAUCACAGUGUCAAAUGAGACCGAUGUGAAAUUGACACUCCAUGAUGAAGAUAAUACUGAUGAAUCUUUGACUUUACUUUGCCCCGGCGAGACUAGAAAGAAUUUCACUGGAAAAAUAGUUAGUAUUGAACCUUAUACGACCUAUGCUACUAGGUCCUGGCAGCUUUCUGAGGAUGUGGUCUUUGCUGCUAAUAGAGAUGUCACUGUGACGGAUCAGACGCUCGAACAAGGAAAUAAGGUGGUUUGGUUCGGUUAA